AUGGAGGAUCUGUUGGUAACUCUUGAUUCAGUUUCUUUAGAUCCAGUGUGGUUUCCAACAACUGCCAAAAUCCUUUAUGAAUGUGCUGUUCAUAUGAGUGCAAAUUACAGGCAGGAAGAAGCAAAACGCCUCUUGAACUUUGCGUAUCGUAUAUUAGACUGGGUUCCUGUAGCUGAGUAUGAAACUGUAAAAUAUAAUAUUUCGCAUAAUUUCUUGUUUCCACUUUCUAUUCCUUUAUCAAAAUCAAUUCAAAUUGUGAUUAGACGAUGUUGUAUGCCUCCUUUCGCUUCACUUGUAGCGCUGACUGAUUAUGAUGCUGGUUGUUUUGAUGUAGGCGAUUUGGAGGAGAAAUUGGAGAAAUUAAAGUUGGAUGGAAACAAGAGUUUCAAGGAGGGUCUUUAUAUAGAAGCAUUAGAUGCGUAUUCUACUGCAAUAGAUUUGGCUGAAGAGUGCAAUAAUGCUUUCAAUCCCUUGUUGCUUACUAACCGUGCGACAGUUUACAUAAAAUUAGGGCAACACGAAGAUUCUUUAAAAGAUGCAAAUGAUUACAUAACGCGUCGUCCAGAUUGCUGGAGGGGUUAUGCUAGAAAAGCUCUCGCACUUGAUGGCUUGAAUGAGAAAGUCACUGCUGACAUAGCUGCUGCUUUAGCUUUUUAUUACAGUAGGGCUAUUUUCUCAGAUUAUUCUCUAUUCAAGGAAUCUUUCUCUGAUUUGCAGAAACGCAUUUUUGUGUGCGAUACUGUGGAUCAGCUCAUUUCCAACGCUGGACUCUCUCAUGAUGAAGGAAACUUGCUAACAAUUCUCGUGUUGGGAUCGAAUGAUUAUGUCUUAAAUUCUGACAUAGUGGUCGUAUAG